ACUCAUAAUUGAUUCGCAAUCCUAACUGUGCAGAUGUAAAUAUUCAUUUUAAAUACAAUUUUAAGUAAUAUUUUUAGUUCAGUAACUGUUUUGGUUUUCGUCAAAAUAGCGUGGAUUGUGGUGCUUUGGACUUGGUAGUUUUAAAUUAUUAAUAGUGUAUAAAGAAUAAAUAAUCAUGAAAACUGAAGUCCCCAUGUGUAAAAGAUGCUGUUUCUGUCUACCCUUGCGACAAGGGUUGUUAGUAUGGGGGUACAUUAAACUGAUAGCUGAUUUAUACAUUCUCGCAAUACUGGCCUACCUAUUGGUCAUAAUAAUUGCAUUCAAAGUAUUUGAAGUGGAAUUUGCUUGUCUGAUCAUUGCCAUUGCUAUAUUUUUGAUUGAUUUUGCAUUGACAAUAGUAUUCGUCGUUGGAGUACAUAAGAAAAUCGUAAAGUAUUUGAGAUUAUUCUACAUCUUAAGUAUAGUAAUGUUGGCAAUAACGCUGUUGUUGAUGAUUGCAUACAUUGGCCUGGUAGCAAGCUUCCCUUGGUAUAGUUCGACUGCUGAAUUGUGGGAGCAUUACAUCAAGGUCUACUCUAGUUUCUUUCUUGUAUUAGUGGUCCAGAUCUACUUCAUAUUGUUAUUAAGAAGCGAAAUUAUCAAGCUGAAGAAUAGUCGCAAGUUUAGGUUCGUUAACAAUACUGCUGAGGCUCUCUGCUCUAUGGAGUGUGAGGUUCCAGCUGCUGCAGAGGCAGCUGAAGGUCGCCAGUGACGAUUGAGACUAGUAACAUAGUUCAUUAUCUUUAGCAUCAUAUGAGCCACGUCCACUUCUGAAUAUAGGCCUUCCCCAAUGACGAGUGUUCAAUUGUUUCAGGUGCCUAAUUACGUUAGGUACCCUUGUCUUGGUUGUAAUUAAACACAUAUCGACUCUGCUUAAUUUCAAAUUAAAUUCCAUAUUUAAUUUAAUUAAUUGAUCGCAACUUUUAUAUUAUGUUGCUUGAUCUUAUUCGAAUGUUAUAAUUUUUUUUAUGUAACAUAUUCUACCCAUUUUAUGUGCAUGCUGUGUUAGCCAGUAAGUAGUUGUUGCACUUAUCAAAAUAAGUAUUAUAUAUUUGUAUGUAAUGAAUGUAUGAGUGCAAAUAACUGUUGGUUAAUCUAAUAAAUAAAAAAAUACUACCAGAUAGGCCGGUUGGAAGCGACUUGCCUCCAUAGGCUCUCUGUAAUCUUCAUCAGGCCGUCCAUCUUGUGGGUGGACAUUCAAUACGUGGUCUCCAUUCGUGUAGAUACUGUGUUGUAUAGUUAUGUGUGUGUCUGUUAUUUAUUUUGUAAUUAAAUAGCGUUAGUUGUUUG